AUGUCUGGCGAAUCAGAGGUUCAUGACAGCGCUAUCUCUCCCGCUGUCCCUACUCUUGUGACAUUCAAUCCUGCUGCACAACUUCCAUUGAAGUUGACUCCGUCUAAUUUAGCCUCCCGGCGCUCCCAGCUCGAGACGCUGCUCCUUGAUCUGGAUCUCUACGGCUUUAUCGACGGCACUACUGCUGCCCCUGUUCGCACGAUUACGGAGAAUGGCGCAACCAAACCCAAUCCAGCCUUUCAGCUUUGGUUCCGCCAAGACAAGUUGAUACUCCAUGCCCUGCGAUGUUCGAUCUCGGAAUCGAUGUAUUCUUUUGUUUCAAGCGCUUCUACAUCUCGCACUGCCUGGUUGAUCCUGGAUAAACUCUACGCCAGCAACGCUCAGUCCCGUAUUAUCCGCCAAAACAUCCAAAGGCGAUCUGGACAUCUUGGCGUUCGUGAAUGA